GCGCGCAUUUAUCUAUAUAGUAUACGUGACAUAUACUACAAAUAAAUGCGCGAUUAAGCAUAAAACGGACCGCAGCCUUGCAGUGAGACGUUGACCGCACCAUAAAAAUUUGAUCUGUAUCGGAGUGAAACCGAAUUGAGGGUUUCGGUGGAAACUAGACCACUGUAUCAAGUUCACUACAACACACAGCUAUCGUGUUGGCUACUUGAUCGGUGAAUUGGUGUAAUAAAGCCUGCUCGAGACUUGCGAUCUACUAAAAAAGGUCACUUGAUCACUCUUACUACUCCUGAUUAUAUUCGGACGCCGGUAAAUUGAUGUGAUAUCAAUCAAAGAAAACAAAAGACCAAAUUACGAAGUUUGAAAAUCAUUCGUCGCAGAGAUAAUAAUAACGAAUAACAGAGUUGUGUCAUUUGUUUAUGUGUCAUGUUAUAUCUGUAUCGUAUAAUAAUUAUAUUCUGUAUUUGUUGGGAAGUUAUUCAGAGUAAAAAAAAUAAUAAAAUGGAUUUAAGUCCCGGAGAUCCAAGCUCUUAUUCAAGACCAGAUCUUGCGAUUGUAACUCAUACUCACCUAGAAUUAUCUGUUGAUUUUAAUCAAACAGUUCUUAAAGGUAAAGCAAUAUUAGAUGUAGAGAAGAAAACUCCCACUACUGAAUUAAUUUUGGAUAAUCGUAAACUCGUUAUAUCAAAUGUCACAAAUGCCAUUAACGGAUCACCUUUAGAAUAUUCUAUUGGAGAUAAUGUUGAAUUUGGAAGUAAAUUUACUAUUCAAUUACCAGAAACUAGCGGAGAUAAUGAUACUAUAUAUAAGAUUGAGAUUAUGUAUGAAACAUCUCCAGAUGCUACUGCACUGCAAUGGCUGACAGCUGAGCAAACUGUUGGUGGUGUACAUCCUUACUUAUUUUCUCAAUGUCAGGCUAUACACGCUAGAUCUAUGUUUCCCUGUCAAGAUACACCAUCUGUGAAAUUUACCUACUCCGCUAAGAUUAUUGUACCAAAAGACCUUACUGUUCUAAUGUCUGCACUUUUGGAUAAAAUAUCAGAUAAUGAUGUCACAAAAGUAUAUGAAUUUCAUCAGCCGAUUCCAAUACCGUCUUAUCUGGUAGCUAUUGCUGUAGGUGCAUUGGUAUCGAAACCGAUCGGUCCGAGAAGCAAAGUAUGGGCCGAAAAAGAAUUCAUUGAUCAAAGUGCAUACGAAUUUGGAGAAACUGAAACAAUGCUGCAAAUUGCUGAGCAACUAUGCGGUCCUUACGUUUGGGAUAUAUACGAUAUAUUGGUACUUCCGCCAAGCUUUCCGUUUGGCGGAAUGGAAAAUCCUUGUUUAACGUUUAUAACGCCAACCGUGCUUGCCGGAGAUCGUUCACUUGCUAAUGUGGUCGCUCAUGAAAUUUCGCACAGCUGGACAGGAAACUUAGUUACAAACGCGAAUUUUGAACAUUUCUGGCUGAAUGAAGGCUUUACUAUGUUUGUCGAGAGAAAAAUCAAUGCUAGGAUGUUCGGUGACAAAAUAAGACAUUUUGAAGCAUUGCACGGCAUCGAAAAUUUAAGGGAGACGAUUCAAAAUCUUGGAGAGAUUAAUCAGUUGACAAAUCUAGUGCCAAACUUGACUGGUGUGGAUCCUGAUGAUGCGUUUUCGAUAGUGCCUUACGAAAAAGGACACACAUUUUUGUUUUAUUUGGAGCAACUUUUAGGAGGACCAGAAAUAUUCGAGUCAUUUUUGAAAUCCUACUUGAACGCUUACAAGUACAAAAGUAUCAAGACUGACAUCUGGAAGGAUUACCUAUACAAACACUUUGCCGAUAAAGUCGAGCUACUAAAUUCCGUUGAUUGGGAUACGUGGCUGUACAAACCGGGCAUGCCACCUGUGAUACCCGAUUACGACAGAACCUUGAUAAACGUGAGCAUCGAUUUGGCAAAACGAUGGAUUCAAUGGGACGAAAGCACGGUCUCGCCUUUCGUUAAAAUAGACAUAGAGAGUUUAUCUCCCGGUCAGAAAGUGGCAUUUUUAACCGAAUUGCAUAAAUCGUCUGCGGUUCUGUCACUCGAGAAGAUACAAGUGAUGGCGGAUACUUAUCAAUUGGACUCUGUGAAAAAUUCUGAAAUACGAUUCGUUUGGCUGCGCUUGUGCAUUAAAAGUCGGUGGCAGCCAAAAGUUUCAGACGCUUUGAAAUUUGUCACCGAACAAGGACGCAUGAAGUUUGUUCGACCGAUAUUCCGGGAUCUAUACAACUGGCCGGAAAUGCGUCAACGAGCGAUCGAUGAGUAUUUGAGUAAAAAGAAUAAGAUGAUGUACGUAACCGCGCAUAUGGUUGCGAAAGAUCUUCAUCUGAAUGAUUGAUAUGAUUAUCAAUUAUUGGUUGUUUUACGAAAUUACAUAUAUUAUUUUUUAAUAUAAUAAUUUUUUAAAUAUGUAAGUGUAACAUUUACUACAUAUAUAUUUACACACAGUAAACGUUAUUUACACACAACAAAACGUAUAUGUAUAUUGUAAGAAUAACCCUUGAGCAAAGCGAAAGGGGACGUUACGGUGAGGAACGGAAAGAAAAGAGAAAUAUAAGUAAUGUUACAAAUC